GCUGAGAGAGAGGCACUGAAGUAGACAGAAGAUCUAUUUGGCAACAAAGUCAAAGAUGAACAGAGCAACAGCUGUAAUGACUGUCAUCCUGCUCUUGUGUUCUAUUGCUGCACAGGGUAUUCCAAUCCCAGGCAUUCUAGGACGGUGUCGGUGUCCAAGGACCAUCUCCAACUUUAUUGAUCCGAGGAUCAUCAAGAAUUUACAAUACAUUCCCAAAGGAUCACAUUGUGAGACACAAGAGAUAAUCAUCACCACAAAAAGUGGGAAGAGAUUUUGUGUGAGCCCUGAUGCCGAGUGGGUGAAGAUUAUCAUUCGAGCUAGGAAAGGGUCCAGAUCACAUAACUAAGAAAUGAAGCUGCAGUGGGAUUUACUUGAUUGCCCAAUCGGGGUAUUUGCCAAACAGUUAACGUUGAAAUGAGGGAAGCUCCCUGUAGGACAUUC